UUGACGAAGCCGCCUAUGAUUUGAGAUCGAAAUUCAAAGUAUAUAAUGUCAAUCAAAAGGAUCUUAUUUGAUGAUKACUGCCGCUGUUUUAAAGAUCGGUUGAGAUGUAAGGUUCUCCGGUACUCAAGUAUCCAGCUCUGAGCUCAAAGCGACCAAYAUCGCGAGAUCAUCCAAAGGCUUGAAAUGGAGUUAGAAUUCAAAAAUCACACCAAAUUUCUGUACCAUAAUAAAUCAAAAACUAGUACUAUUUUGCAGGAUUUUAUUCUUCCAAAGAAGAUACUGUUCACGGUAAUUGCCAUUUUAUCGAUUGUUGGGAACACUUUAUUUUUCAUUGUGUUGGUGAGGAAAAGAUCUAUGUUAAGAAGACCUUACAACAAGCUUAUACUUUCGCUCUCUGUCACCGACCUCCUCACAGGCAUUGUCAUCAUCUUCACUCCCGAUUUCAUCCAGGAUAAAGAAUGGAUUCAAGUUUCUGACAAUAURAUCGGGGAGCUUUAUUGUCGUAUCAUUUAUAACCGACUUUUGAUCUUCCUCCUCGGUAAGGCGUCUAUUCUAACAGCUGCAUUCCUUGCUGUUGAACGAUGGUAUUCUAUCCUCAAGCCAAUCAAAUAUCGUCUCACCUUCAGCCGGCGGCGACUUUGGGCAUCAAUCAUUUGCAUAUGGAUAUCAAGUACACUUCUCCAAAUGCCAAAAGCCUUUCAAAUUUCAUUUGUCAAUCAAACAUGUAUAUAUGACAAUUCUUCGACCAAAUCUCAAGCUGUGGCGAUAUUGUACGUCUCGAUGACAUUUUUUCUUCCCGGUUUUAUAAUCUGGGGUACGUUUGCGCAGAUUAGAAAMAGUUUUCGCAGAUCAACUCGCAUCAAACAUAAUAACCUUGGACGAACAGCUUCUCAGAGAUUACUAGGAGUCUGCGCACUAGCGGCUUGCAUUAUGACACUUUGUUGGGUUCCUGUUCAAAUAACUUACAUUCUUAGUCGCUUUGAUAUCCUGGAGACUAGUGGUAUGAUUCAUCAGGUUAAUCAAAUGCUGUCAAUGUCAAAUAGCUGUAUCAACCCAUGGAUUUUCUGUCUCGCUAAUAAGGAGUACCGGGAUGAAUUUCGUGGUCUUUUGGCGUCGACAUUUUCUCGUAAUCGCCCGGCUUCUAGUCGGAAAGCAUUCGUACAUCCACUGACUGAAUUACAAGGUAUACCUAUGAGUGUACUAUACUUUGAAAAUAGUAAUUGGAUUGAUAAAUCUGAGAAAAACUGCAAUAAUUUAGACAAUUUUGAUGGAUCAAAGCAAUAUGAAUGUCUCGAUACACAUUUAUAAUAUUAAAGGAUUCCUAAGUUUGGUACACGUGA